AUUGAAUACAAGAUGGCGGCGUCAUUGUGGUGGGAUGAACCAGAGACGUCAAAGAAAAAUGAUCAACAGAGCUCUAAUGACGAUUUAUUGGUGUUUGGAUACGCAUGUAAAUUAUUUCGUGAUGACGAAAAGGCUAAAGACAUUGAUAAUGGCAAGCUUCUGAUUCCAUGGAUGGGCGACGAGAGACUCAUGAUUGACAGGUCUGUGCUCCAGAAGUUCAUCAUUUGCAAAAAAGGUUUCGAUUUCGUACUCAUACGCGGUGAUUAUCUUUCGCGUAAUGGCUUUUGUCUUUUUUUUCAGCUGAAUUUUUUUACUGGACUCAAAGAUGGUAUCAACCAGAGUCUGUGGAUGGCAUAAAAUCAUUCCUCUUCAAAUCUGGUUUAAUUUUAGUCUAGUCUGGGACCAGACUAGACAAGACACUACUACUAGCGACUGUUCAUGAUCAUGACAUCAGACAUGACUCAUACUUUUACUUUUAGCGUAGUGACAGCCUUUGAAAUAUAAUAAAACUAUUAAAACUUAGCUUAAUAUAUGUGAAAAAGGCAAGACUUCUUUCAACUAUGUUUCUAGAGAACCAAGAACUUAAAAAACUCAAAUGAAUCAAUUUCACAUUGCCAUUUCAUGAUUCAUGAUUUCAAUCACUGAGAAUCUGUGAUUGAUUUAUUAUACAAAUUAUUACUAUUACUGCUUAAUACUAUUUGGUUUGCCUAAUUUGUUAAAAAAUAUAAAAAAUGACACAGAGUAGAGGCUGAAUAAAUAAAUCUAACAGUAUAUUAAGGUUAGGCCCAUUAGUUACUAUUCUAUAAUAGACCAUGCCAUAUAAAAAGACCUUGGGCCUUGGGCUUAUCAUUUAAGUCAAGUAUAAUGACAAUCUUACUUCAAAAUAAAAUAUUACCUUAGCCUCCCUAUCAUAUUGCAAUAGCCUCAAUUAUAUAAAUAAUAUAAAUCUAACUUUAUUAGGCCUAAUGAGUAAAAGUAAAUGGAAUGAAGAAUGUAUGUCAUUGUCACUUUGUGAGAAGUUGCAUUAGUCUUAGUGACUCUGAAUAUACAUACAAAUGAGAUCUCACAACAACUCCUUUUUAAAGAUCAUCUUAUUCACUGCAAUGAAAAGCUGUUAAAAAAAACGAUGUAUUCACAUUAAAAAUGAACGCAAUUUAAUUAUAAGUCUAAUAUAAUAUGCCUACUACUGUUAUAAUAUUAUUACGGUAAUGAAGAACUAAUUAUAAUUAUGACUUAUAAUUAAUGAAAGUUAAUUAGAAAAUAGCUAAAUAUUAGCCAAGGAAAUAAUCAUGGAAUAAUUUAACAUAGUUUGAAAACACUAUGUAAAUUAGACUUUAAUAUGAUUUUUUAUUAAAGAGUAAGCAUACAUAAAAUUAUUCAAUAAAAGAUUAAAGACAACAACAUUCUCAGUCAGAGAUGAGCAGUCCUGUAGAAAUUUUUAAAUAUCAACAUUUUUAUGAUCUUCCUAGUUUAUUUAUUCCCUAUUUAGCUUUAGACACACAAUGAAAUAUUUAAACAAAAUGUAAUUGAAAAUGUAGAUUUUCUAUUUAAAAUUUACCAGUGCUUACCAUAAUAUAAAAUGGUCUUGUUGUAUCAUCACAACUUAUACACACUUUCAUGUUAACAGUGUCAAGGUCGCUUGAAUGGUAUUCGCUUUUGUUGUAUUAUUCUAUUGAGUGCUACAGGAUACAAUUAAGUCAUCUUGCAAAUGUUGUUCGGUGAUCAGAAAGAAACAACUUUCCUACAUUUCAUCAUAGAAAUCUAGCUAAAGUAUUCUGAUGAUAGACAGUCUAAGUCAACAGCAAGUGUAAGAUACACCUCAUAAAUAACAGGAGGAAUUAAAGUGAAGAUCAGCCUUGCUAUAUUUUCUCUGAAGCUGAUGGAGAGUGCUGCAUUUUCAUCUGCCAAGUGUGUUAGAAAAAAAUCCUUUGCCUGAAUGAAACCACUCCUUCGAACACUAAAUCACUGAUUUUUUUUUUUUUUUUUUUUUUUUUUUUUUUUUUUUUUUUAAAUUUAAAUUAUAAAAGAAUCAGUUACAGGAAUUUUGAACGUAAAUAUUUGGCUGUGUGGAUUAGAUGAUGUUCUUUCAGGUGAAUGUUGGAGAUUGAACAAGAUGAUCUAGCAUGUCAAGGAUGGGUAUGCUUUCAAAACAAAACCUAAUUUUGAUUAUUUUUUAUGUGUUGAAAUUAAAAUUAUAUAUUUGAUAAAUACAGGUUUAAGCAUUUGUAACAACUUUUAGGGCUUUGUUUACUUAUAGUUUUGUUUAUGUUUAUGAUUUAAUGUUUUGGUGGAUUCAUUAUUCUUUUUAAAAUAUUAAUUUUCUUUCAUGAUUGUAUUUCAGUUGCAUGAGUGAUUUUGAUUUUAUUAUGUUUAGGGGUUUCAAAUAUCCAGAGGUUCAUUUUAAUAAUUUUUGCUUGGCACAGAUAUGAUGGCAGAGGGCAUUUGUAUGAUCUUGCUACACAUGACUCAGAGAAUGUGGAGAAUAAAAACCCAGUUUUUUCUGAGGAGGAAGAAGCGAUUGAAAAGGCAUGUGAAGAUGAAAGAUACCUAGAGCUUCAUACAGAUCUAAGAGAAGCUCAGAUAUAUGAAGGUUGGGAUUCCAGGGAUGUUAAAUACCUGCUUUUUUUAUUUUUUAUAAAAAAAAUUAUUUUGCACUUUAUUAUCUCACUUUGCAUUCAUUUUUACAUUCUGCAUGCAUUAAUUAAUUGAAAAGUUUACACAUAAUAAUCACUGCAAUUACACUGAAACACCCAGUUAUAGAAGUUACCAUUUAAAGAUGAUAUUGACAAAAUGAUUGCUCAUUUACAAUUAAUAGUUUAAUAUCUCAAAUUAAUACUACCGAAUUAUACAUACUUUUGAAAUUAUUAUUUUUGUUUUAUGAAAAUAACUCUUUAGCAGUACUUGUGAAAAUAAUUAAUUGAUAAAAAUUAUUGAACAUUAACAUUACUAUUACUUCAUCAUAUGUGCAUUAAGAGACACAAACUUUUUAACAUGUUACUUUUUUCUCCCAUCUAAUUCCAGAAGAGGAAUGGAAGCGAUAUUACUUAUCCUUACAAGAGGGAUAUAAAGCUGUUGGUUUCAGUUAUGAUGAGCAGUAUGGUGAUGGUCAGGGAGAUGAUACAUUAACAGGUAAGGUAUGAUAGGAAACAUUAAUUUGCCAUGUGAAUAUUUGAACACCAGCUUUUUUAUUUUCUAUAUUUCUUUAAUAAAAGGUUGUGUAAUGCAGUCAAAUUUCCCUAAAAGCAUUAAAAUAAUGAAUGGAGCAAUCACAAUUUUGCUAUAAAAAUUUUAAAAAAAAACAUUUAGAGGUAUCAUUAUUUCAAUGUAUAUGAUUAUUCAAAAAGUUAAAAUUUAUAAUAUUUUUUUCUCUUUUUCCAGAAACAAUGAAAGAAGAAGAUGACGAAUUACCAUUUGUGCCACCAGAAGAGCUUCAGUUACCGCCUGACUUGCAGAUUGUAAGUGUUUAAAUUAAAUCUGGGAAGAAAUCUUUGGGAAAACUUUAAAGAAGAUUUUGAAAAAAAUUACUCCAUUAAAAUGUUUUUUUAAAUUUCUGUGAUGUAUAUCUGUUAUAUUGUAAUAUAUUGGUUGAAUGUGAUUUUAUUAAUUUUAAUUAAAAAAGUAUACUGUACAUUACAGCUUAUAAAUAAUAUAUACUUCUUUUCUAAAUGGAUAAAGUAACAUUUUUUAUUUUUAAAAAAAAAAAUGCAAUUUUUACAGGAACUUUAAGUUCUUCACAAAUAAUUACACUAUUCAGAAAAUAUAUGUCUUGAUUCUUUUUGUUGUGGCCACCAACCAAUUACCAAUUAUUUUUCUCUGUAUGGGGAAGUUAAAUGUUUCUUACAUAUUGCAUCUUGUCACAGUGGUACACAGCAUCUUGUAACAUAGUAAUGGUUGAUGUUUAACUAUUUGUAUGAUUUGUUGGGAUUUUUUUUACUCAUACUUUAUGGAAUGUAGCAAAUUUUUUUCUGAAUCUUCAGCCCAAAUGCAGAAAGCACAAUGCUCGCAUUGAGAAAACAGCAAGCUUCAUUGCACAACAUGGCAUUCAGAUGGAAAUCAUGUUGAAAACUAAACAGGCAGGCAACUCACAGUUCGACUUCCUGCAUUUUGAAAAUGAGCUGAAUCCUUACUAUAAACAUAUGGUCAGCAUGAUCAAGUCUGGGAAGUACAAGCCAUUGGAUGAUGAGGAGGAGGAUACAAAGAAAGGUAAAGCUUUCUGCCAGUCAAUGACAAGCAUUAUUUUCAAGACCAUAUCAUUUUUUUAGUUACUUUUUUUUUUCAUUUGAAUUGAAUGAGCUUUGUAUUAGAUGUUAACAUUUUUGUGUGGCUGAUUUUAAACUAAUUUUCAGUUUUAAAUAGGCAUCCCCAAAGUUCAUUUUCCAACUAUCCCUCAUAUCAUUGUCAGAUUGACAUGAUAUUUGUAAGAUGGUAGGCAGCAGUUGCAUGUUCAUCACAUCAGCUAGUUAAUACAUAUUAGAUUGGUUUCAAGUUAUUUUAAUAUCUACACUAAUGUAUGACAGAAGUUUAAAAGAUAAUUGUAUACUAAUAUUUCUCUUUCUGCUCUACAGAUGAUGAUGACAGCCACAGCUAUCUUCACCCUUCUUUGUCUUCAGCAACACAGUUACCACCCCCUCCUCCACCUGUGAGUAUUAUGACCCAUAUCUCAGAGGGAGCUAAUUGCAACAAUUAAUAGAUACAUUACAAUGUAGAACUAAAGGUAUCUUGUUACAAAUUAAUUUUCUAUUUUCAAACAUCCACAGCCAUCCAAGCCAAUAGAACUACCAAAAGUUUCCAUCCAUGACACACCGUAUGGUGCUCUCAUUAAGUCUAUUAGACAAAACACAGAGACGUAAGUUUGCAUAAAAUAAUAUAGAAUUAAAUUCUGUAGACAAGACAGCUGUACAGGGCGCUAGUCAGUUUUCCAAUUUCACUUUUUGUUAUUUUCUACUGUAUUAUUUUCCAUUAUUUUUUGGUUUUGUGUAAAGGCACCCUCACAUUGCUUAAUCUAUAUUCUACUUGGAAGUGAAAAGCCAAACAUUACUCAAUCUUUGUAGGAAGAUGUGUAAAUUGAGAAAUUUAUUGAUAUUGUGUUGCUUUAUUUACGAAAUUUCUUCUUUGAGUGUAAAUUGAUAUCUGAAGCCCAUUGUGUGACGGUAGCUAGAUAAGACUGACCUAUAAUUUUUUAUCCACAAAUAAAAAUGAUGAUGUCUAUCUUUCAUAGAAUGCAUAACUAAAUAUAAAAUGCUGAAUACAAUGGCCAAAUAAUUAUUUUCAGAUCAAGGUUAGCGUCACUGAGCAUGCAGAACCAGACAAAUUACUCAUCUCACAGCACAGACUACCAAUCUUAUCAGAUGCCAUUCUACGACAACCCACCUCCACCUGGAACAGAGCCUGUGACACUGCCCAUUGUUAGCUCCCUCAAUGGUCAAGCAUUUGUUGACCAGCUUUACAGUCAGCCCCUUCCUCCUGGAACAGAGGACAAUGAUGGAGUUCCUUAUCAACCCCAGGAACGGAGUAAAACAAGAAGACGUCGCUCUUCUAGUUCAGAUAGCAGCUCAUCAACUUCAUCAAGUUCAUCUUCAAGCAGUUCUCAUUCAUCCAGAAAGAAAAGGUACUGCAUAAGAAAUUUUAAAUAAUUGCAUUAUCAACCCAUUUAAAAAAAUGUUCAACCAUAUGCAGAGAUAAUUCUUUUAGUAAACAUUUCGGUUGUAAAUAAUUAAGUGCCAUUUUACAAUAUUUUUUUAUAGAAAAUCUUCAAAACACACUGAAUCUAAUCGUCCGAUGAGAAUUGAAGGUCCUAGCCUGAUUGUCCCACCCCCACCAGAAGUGCAGCCUAUUGUUGAUCGUAUGGCCAUGUAUGUUGCUAAGAAUGGCACAGAAUUUGAAAUUGUAGUGAUGAGCAGGAAAGAUCCUCGAUUCCAGUUUCUCAAUGAGUACCAUGCUCACUACCCCUAUUACAAGUUGAAAAAAGAAAGAUAUAUCCAGGUAUGAUAUCAUUUUCAGCUUUGAAACUCGGCCAUGGCCUAACCUUUUCCUGUCAACUUCACAAUCAUAGAACAAGAUAAGAAUGUUUGUCUCUGUGUUUCUUUGCUGUUGAAGGCUUUUUGGCAGACUUCAGUCACUGUGGUCACCUUAGCCCACUAAUCUUAUUACAUACCAAUUUGUAACGGCAGUGAAUUGUAUAGUCUGUUUCAGAUAUAUCUUCAACUCUAACAGUAUCACUAUUACUUUCUACAUUGAUUUCAAUAAAUUCUACAUCUAUCUGUUUCAAUUGUUUCAUCAUCUAAGCUUUCUAAUCUAGUAAAUUUAGCAGCUUUUCGGGAAUGAACUUGGAUAGCCAUGCUGAACUUUGAACUCCCUUAACUUUUUAAUGAAAGAAGAUUAAAACAUAUGGAUUUCUUUUUUAAAAGAGAUUUUCACUCGUGAGUACCGCAGUAAUUUUUGCAGACGAAUGUAUGAUUGUUUAGUUGUUAGGCGACUCGAAAGAGUGUCAUAUGUGAUAUCAGCACAACUUGUCUCUGCCCGGCUUAGUAGGCAGGCAGUGGUGGGAAUUCGGAAAGCGAUUCAGGCACUUAAGGUAGUAAAAGGUUAGUCAUCACUUUUGCAAAAGAAGCAAAUAGCCAAUAAGUUGAAGCAAAUAGCCAAUAAGUUGAAGCAAAUAGCAAUUAAGUUAAAGCAAACAGCCAAUAAGUUGAAGCAAAUAGUGCCAGUUUCAUGAAAAAAAAUGGUACAAAUUUGUUAUGUAGCUAUGAUUUUUCCAUUUAAAAAUGUCAAUACUUCAUGUAAAUGUUUCUAAUAAUGGCAAUGGACAUCUCGCAUGAUUAGAAUUCACCACUGAGCAGAUAUUUAAUAUUAAAUAAACACAAAUGGUGAAAAGGGAUACCUUUAAUUUUCAUCUUUAUCCAUCUUAGUUAAUGUCUAUUUACUCUCAUCCUGUUGUAUCCUCUAAUCAGGAACUAGGAAAGCAGAUCACUGAGACUGAAACGUUAGAGGACAAAUCCAGUCAAAAUCUUCAGCGCAGUGUCAGUUUUUCCAUAAAACCUCGCCCCAAAGACCAGGAGGGCAGUCAGCAACCAGGGAAGCCUUGGCUCUUUGAGUAUGACAGUAGUGAAGGUAAUGAGAUAAUUAUUUUUGAGAUGAGGCUGACUUGUGUUUUCAGCCCCAUAUUAACCUUUUUGCUACGGAUGAUGUCGACGUGACGUCACUAUCACCCACUUUCAAUUACCAAGGACAUCACAUUGGUGUCAUAACAAAGAGGCAAAAAAAACUUUUCUGAAAUACCAAGGACGUCACGUGGACGUCAUAUUUCACUGCUGUAUAUUUCUUUAUUAGUUAAUCUAUAGAGAAGUUAAAAAGCGAAUCGGAAAGAGAAUGAAAAAUUAUUUUAAAGUUUUUAUUGCUGAGUCAGAAAAAAUCUAUGCCCAAAACCAGCGCUAAUGGAAAGGUUAAGGCAGUCAUGGAUGUGGAUUAUCGAAAACUUUUAACUUAUUAGAAAUUAUUCAUUCUAAUCUUUUAAAAACAUUGCACUUGAAAUGUUAUUUUUUCUAACUUUUGACUUAUUAUUAAUGUUAGUAAAUCCCUGCUUCACUUUUAUGUGUGGAAAAUAUUAAAUUAAAUUAAUUUGACAUUGUUUCAUAACAGUGAACAUUUGAAUAAAAUAAGAAAAGCUUUCAGUUUUACAUAUUUGUCAUCAAUGGCUUCCUGAAAAAAACAUUUGGUUUAAUUAAUAUAUCUGUAAGGAUUUGCCUUGAAAGGUUCUUAAAAACCUAAAUAUACUACAUUCUGAUAAUAAUUUUAAUUUGGCUUUGUUUUGUGACCAGGUGAAGAAGAAAGACAACGAGAGCAAAUGUCAGAUAACCAGUCUGGGUCUGUUACCCCUACAGCUAAGGUCUGCCAAGAUGAAGAUUCACAAAAAGAGAGUGAGUACUAAUGCCAUUUGAUCUAGAUCUUUUGAGAUUUCUGUUUUCUAAAUGAAAGCGUAUCUAGCUCUGGUGUUGGGUGUUCAAUAUCCUCUUUUAAAAGAACUGUUGUUUGUACCACUUGCAGAAGGAAUGUUUUCAAGAACUGGAUGAAUGGCAAAAGUCCUUCAGAGUCAUUCAAUUUAGUGUUGUAAUUCCAACUAAUAUAUUUUAAAAAAUCAGAAAAAGCUUGUUUUCUAAUAAUUUAUUCAAGAAAAUUUUUUUAUGAGUUCUUCUAACAACUUUGUUUAGCUUUUAAUAAAUAAUUAGACUUCAAAGUUUUACUUUUAACUUCAAGGAUAAAAUCAUAAGCUUUGCUCCGGUUACCAGUUGAGCACCAAGUAAGUUUCUUAAAAUUUCAAUGUUUUAAUAAAAAUCUGACCUAAUCAAAAUUUAAGUUAUCAUCUAAUGCUCCUUGCCGUUAUCUGCAGUGGAAGAGAAACUGAAAGAUAAAUUAGCCAGUGCUGUGAAAGAGAGAAUAUCACAAACCCAUAAGGAGAAACAGCUCCAGAUGGAAAGGAAGAAAAAGGCAGCCAUGUUCUUGAAUCUUAUCAAGUCAUCCCAGCCACAAGUGCCGGCUGUUGCUGGUGAUGACUCUGCCUCAUUGUAUGUGGGUGAGUCAAUCUUUUUUAAUUGGUGGUCAAGUUAAAACAAAAUAGUCACACUGAUGAUCACCUGUCAGUACAUCCCUGUUUCAUUGUAUUUUUCUUUUCUGUCAAUUGAAGCAAGUCCUUUCAUGUUUAUUGAAAUCGGUGCAGUGCAGAAGGAAAGUGGUGCCCGGGUGGACUUAGAGUCAUUUCAUAUAUGUAGUAACUAUUUUAUAGAAUAGAUUUAAUGUUUAUUUCAUUAUCAGGUGAGGCCCUACCAGAACCGGUUGUGUAUGAGUAUGAUAACCAACCAGUCCCCCAGUUUCUUAGUUCAAAGACGGAAAGAUCUAGAUCAUCUAAAGGGAAAAAGAGAAGAAGAAGAUCACCAACCCCACCCAGCGCUUACAAUUUGGAAAGGAGGUUAGUUAUUUGGGAUUGCAUUUCCAUGAUGUAGUUGUAACCUACUUUGAGAAAUCACAUCGCUAAAUAGGUUUUACUUAAAGCAAAUUAUUAUUAUUGUUACUCUGGAACUCAGUAUUAUUAUUUAGUUUUAACACUGGAACACCUUGUCCAUUUUGUUUAUGUUGGUCUAAGUUACUACUGAAGUAAUAUGUUUAACUGUCUAAUAUUAUGAUUGGACUGAUAAGUCUUAUAGGCCUUGUUACUUUAUGUGUUUGCAUUAUAAGAAAUUAUUAUCUUUUUUAUUUUAUUACAGGUCUCCGACCCGCCCCAGUCCUUCAAGAUGGAUGGGGAGGCCUUCACCGUGGUCAUCGAUGAGAGACAGAACUCCACCUUGGCAACGAAGGAACCGUGAUAUUGCUGUGAGGCGGUCCAGGUCACGUUCACCCCACAGAAAAGAUGACAAAAGGAAAAGGCGUAAACGAUCUAAAUCAAAGUAAAAAUAAAUAUUUUUUUCUUUUUUGAUUAAGUCACUGUGUGGGUCAUAUGAGAUAAGCCUGUGCUUACUUUUGUAUAUUGUUGUUUUGUGUCUGGUAGUUUUAAAUUUUUAAUUUGAUAAAAAACACACAAAUUUAAUGUUUAAACAAAAAAAAAUUUAACAGAAAAACCCACAAUUUACUUUAUUUUUCCAUGCAGGUCACCACUGAGAAGGGAGAAGAGCCGUGAACAAUCUAGACAUGUGAAGGAUAAACCAAAGCACAAAUCUAAAGAUAAGGAUAAAGACAACAAAAAGAAAGAAAAAACAAGACAUAAAGACAGAAGUAAAGAGAGGGAUACCAAAUCUGAAACUGUGAAGUCUUCAGGCAAAGCAGCUGCCAGUGAUGUAGAAAGUAACAGCAGUGAUAUUGAAGUGCUAGAGAAAUCCCCCACACAGCCGAAGUCUUUCAUUGAGGACCAACUGCCACUGAGCAAUGGGAACAAAAGUGCCAUAGUCUUUGAUCCACUAGCCUCAAAUGCAAGGGCUAUCGAAAAAUUAAUGAGUAUAAAAGCCUUGAGUAAGAUGUAAGUGAAAAAAUUGGGAAAUUUCUUUUUUUACUUCAGUUGUGAUCUUUUAUUUUUUUUUUUUUUUUUUUUUUUUGUUUUUUUAAAUGUAUAACGCAAAUAAUAAAUUAAACUUAGCUAAUUAUAAGAGGGUUUUGAAGCAUUUCAACACUGGUAGCCACUAAUGGUUAUCACACAAAUCAAUAACUGGUGUACUGCAAGCUAAGAGUGCACCUGAAAGGAUUUUUUUUUCUUUGAUGGAGUGAUUAAUAUGGUUGUAAACAAAUUCACAAUUUUAGAUAGCUGCAAUAUCUUUUCCUGGUUUGUUUUAUACUACUUUCACCCACUUCCAUUUUAUUUUUCCCUUCACAGUUGUUGGGACGUACUUUUACCCAUUCUUUUUUUUAACUUUCCUUUUAUUUAAUAUGAAUAUUAAAUUUUAAUUUAAUUCAAGCUUAUUUAAUGUUUUGUUUUGUUUACUGACGAAGACAUUAUUUGAAAUGUCAUUUGUAUUUUGUCCCUUUUAUUAAUAAAGCGUACAUUUAUUUAAUAAAGCAUAACACUAAUAACAGUACUUUUUUUCAUAAUCAAAUUGUUUGCCUCUUAUUAAUCAAAUAACUACAAAAAUGGUUGCAUUGAAAAAAAUUAACUGCUUCAGAAUAAAGAUAUUCAACCUCAAAAUAGAAAUAUUAGUUUCCCUUCAGUUUCCCUUCAAGCAAUGGUGUUCCAAAAAUAAUUUUAAAAAAGGAGAUUGCAACAUUAAUUAAAAAUCUGCUUUUUUUUUCUGCAUGUCUUCAUUUCAUUGUAUGUGAUUUAAUUUACUUGGAUAAUUUCCUUAAAAUAAAACUGUGACAUAUUUUUGUUCAUUGUUAGCUCACUUCUUUUAUUCUGUCCUUGUCAGAGAGAGUGCUGACGACAUAGAGGGCUUAGCGAGUAGAACAACAAGCCAGGGUAACUCACCUGCUACCAUGGCCAACAACUCCAGGAGCAGCACACCCAGCAGAUCCUCCACAGACACAUCAGCAGCCACAUCUGUGGUAAGUUGUUUAGGAUGUCCAGGGGGUGGUGGAUGUAUCAUUGAAAGUUCUAAAAUUGGCCUCAUCAUAGCUUUGUGAUAUAUUUUAUCAUUUUAAAUUGUUUUUAGAAUAUCUCCUUAAACUGUUCCAAUUAUAAAAUAAUCACGUUUUUGAAAUGCUAGAAGCAUUAUUCUGUCAGAAAAAGUCAAGAUAUAGAAACUUGUAUUGGUUAAUUUUUAUACAUUCCGAGCCUUCAAAUUUCUGUCAUAGAAAUUACAAAAGGGAAAGUACAAUAUGAGUUCAAAAAUUCCUUAUUGACGUUAUUUAAUCCAUUUAUUUAUUAAUUAAUACUUCAGGACAUCACAAAAAUAAAUGUCUUUGAAUCUCUUUAGGCUUUGGGGUAGGUCUUUGGGAUUGAAUCUUUUUCUUUUUUAUUCGAUUACCACCCUUUCUCAAACAAAUUGGUCUGUAAUAAUAUGACCAAGCUUAGGGCCAAAAUUGUCAAUAUCUGACUCUUAAGUGGCCAUCACUGCUAGAGCUAAUACUGACAUUGCUAUCACAUGGAAUAUCUCUCAAAUUAUUGUUUCAUUUAAUCCAUUUUAAAUAAUUCCAAUAAAGUCUGUUUUAAGUUUUCAGCAUGAGACAUAGAAUAAAAAAUUGAGCAAAUUUCACACCCGAUUCACCACAAAACAAGGCCUGAAAAAUGCAUAUUAACUUACAGAUAGAAACAGAAGUAGGAAGCAAAAUAAUUUAUAUAGGAGAUUUCCCCUAAAGCAGUAUAUAUUAAAUUAUUUGAUUUUUUAAUGACGAUUUGCUAUUGGCUGAAUUGGCUUUGACACCAUAAAAAGGGGUAUCAGCAGUUAUGACGGUUAUAGGGUUAGGUGAAGAGUAAAGAUUCUUCUUAUAAGAAGUUUCUUAACCUUAUUACAAUUAAAUUCUAGAUGCUUUUUACUUUAUUAGAGAAGAAUUUAAAUGAGUUUUAUUUUUCAUCUCCAGGAUCUGAUGAGCAAAGUGAGGGCUAUGUUAAAGAAAAGUAGAGAGUUGAUUCGCAAAGAGGAAGGGUUUUCAUUAGAUGAUACAUAACGUAUGCUCUUGAUAAAUAUCAAUAACACAAUAGAACUCAUUUAGGAUUUCAUGUAACAACAACGGGUUUAAUGUUUUUGAUCUGUAUCUUAAGAAGUAUUGUCCUAUUGUAGUUCAGCCUGUGUUUAGAGCAGGUAAAUUAGUGCUUUCCAGUUUAGCAUUGAAUGCUAGCAAAAGAUUCGAACUUUGUUCUUAAUAGGAUUAGUAACUGGCGGUAAAGCGAUACAGACAACAAUUAGGAAUAAGUAAAUGCUUCUUAUUUACACUGAAUUGUCUUGAAAGGUCAACAAAGAGGGAUUGAUUGCUACUACUAAUAAAUAGAGAACUUAAUCUAACAUGUUUUUUUUUGAGUUCCAUUGUGUUAUUUUAAAAUGAGUAAGAAUGUGUUAAAUGUUUGUAUGGAUAUUAAAUUAAAUGACAUGUUAAAUGCAUUAAAUAUUAUUUUGAUAGCCACAAUAGAUGUACAUUUGAGCUAUUAUUUUUGUAAAUAGGCGAGACUUUGUAUUUUUAACAUAUUAGUGAAAGAGAAAUAAUUUUAUUUUUAUGCAGUAUUGGCAAACACAAUAUAUAUAUUAAACUAUAGAUCGGGUGGGGGGUGGGAUAUUCUACACUAUUCCUGACCUGUAAUCUGUAAGUGCAUUUAAAAUAUAUUUUUUUGCAAAUUAAAUUUCAUAAACAUUUUACUACAUUUGAAAGUAGUCAUUUCAUCAUUACUUUCUUUAACUUCUCCAGAGAAGUUUGCUAAACAAGGUUAUUCCGAGUGGUGGGACAGUAAAAGUUAAAAUAUUAUAAUGUCCUUCAAAUCUUUAGUUCAUUCAAAAGAGCAUCAUAAAAAUACAGCCACUAGGUGUUUUAAACAGACAUUGUAAAAUAUUAUAAUUAUACUUUUCUUUUAAAGAAGGCUUUUUUCAUUAGGCUCAUUGAAUGUACAUGCUUAACAAGGGAUGUAAGAGAUGGGUGGCCCACUUACAUUUUAUAAAGAGAAAACAUAAGAAUAAAAAAGAAAAUAUAGUUAAAAUUUUUAUGCUAGCCUUUUUUCAAGUCUGUUCAAUUUUUUAGAUGAUGCUUAAAAAUUUAUGGACAAAAUUUGGUCUAAAGAGAAUUUCCAAGAUUGCAAUAGUGUACAUUAUUGUAUGUUUUAGUUAACAAUUUAACCCUGUAUCAAAGAAGUGCAGGACGCUAUGGCACUUUGCAUUUUGUAUAUAUUGGAACAGUUAUUGUCAUGAUUAUAAAAAUAUUUGUUAUAAAACAAAAAAUUACAGCAAGCAGUUGCAAUGAUUAUUAUUUAGUUUAAGUAUUUCUCUUGUAACCUAAUGUUUAUGUUUUGAGCAAUUAAUUUGCUUGUAAUAAACUAUUGAAUUAUU